AAUCAGAGCGAUAGAAGUCAUAUCUAUUACACGCAUUUGUUUAGUCAAUAACGAAAAAAAACCAGCAAACAGAAAUAGAGGAGGGCGCUGAAGCUCAAGAGCCAGGGUUGAUUAUGUUCAUUGAAAGUCAGCCAACAAUAAACUUUGUGGUUUCUCAGAAUGGGUCAACAACUUCUAUCUCUAUGUCUGGUCGAAACCAGGAGAUUGCUAUGGCUUAUGGGCAUGAUGAUUGUUGUGAUUAUAGUGUUCCAGUGUUUUGAACUUCCAUAUGGUAAUGUUAUAUUGCCUUUAUUUUCUGCUGGUAGGGUUUGGGAAGUGGGAAAUAGUACGUUACAUAUAGGAAAUUCACCAUCUAAACCUGAGAUGAUUGGGAACAUGACACUUUUGAAUGGUUCAAACUCCACCGAUGCAUAUGCCAUUCAUGAGAGAACUAAUAACACUGGAACAUCCAAAUGGAUGGCUAGAAACCCAAAGAAUGGGUUUGUAUCAGAUAGAAAUGGAAGCUCACAUAAAUCUUUAGGAUUGGAUGAGGAUAACCAUGCUAAUGAAUCUUCAUCUGAGAAUCUUGAGUGGCUAAAUAGAAAUUCCACAGUUGCCUAUAUAAAAAAUUCAAGUAAUGUAUCUGCACCGCAGGAGGCUAAAGAACCUAAAAAAAGCUUUUAUCAAAAUGAUGGUAAGUCUUCGGUAGGUGAGGUUGGAAAGGCAACUAAUACGACUGCACCAGAAGAUAUUGGAAGGUCAGGUGCUGAUUCUGCAUCCCCUGCCCCUGCAUUAGCGCCUAUUAAUUCAUCAUCUAAUCCAGCUUCUACCAUAGUCUUGGAUACAAAUAUUAGAACACCUGUUGUUGAUUCCAAGACAUCCAUAUUGGAAACAAAUGGAACGACCACUUCUGAGAGCAGUGUAAAAUCUGGGCAAUUGCAAAUUGGCCUAACCCCAUCGGGCAAUAAUCCUUCUGUGAAUAGAGUUCCUGAGCUGGCUAAUGGGCACGAGAUACCAACCUCUCCUGUAAUUUCAAUAUCAGGGAUGAAUGAUUUGUUGCUCCAAAGUCAUCCUUCAUACCAGUCAAUGGCACCACGAUGGUCUUCUGCUGUUGACCAAGAAUUACUGUAUGCAAAAUCACUGAUCGAGAAUGCGCCCAUUGUAAAGAACGAUCCAAAGCUUUAUGCUCCUCUAUAUAGGAAUGUUUCCAUGUUCAAAAGGAGCUAUGAGUUAAUGGAAGGCACGCUCAAAGUAUAUAUUUACAGGGAAGGGGAAAAACCCAUCUUCCACCAGCCACCACUGAAGGGAAUAUAUGCAUCUGAAGGAUGGUUCAUGAAGCUGCUGGAAGCUAACAAAAAGUUGGUUACGAAAAACCCAAGGAAGGCACAUCUGUUUUACUUACCCUUCAGCUCUCGAGCGUUGGAGAUAACAUUAUAUGUACCUAAUUCACACAGCCGUGAGAACCUUAUACAAUAUUUGAAGAACUACUUGGACAUGAUUGCAGUGAAACAUCCUUUCUGGAACAGAACUGCAGGAGCAGAUCAUUUUCUUGUUGCUUGCCAUGACUGGGCCCCAGAUGAAACAAAGAAACAUAUGGCCAAGUGCAUAAGAGCCCUCUGCAAUGCUGAUAUGAAAGAAGGUUUUGUUUUAGGCAAGGACGUGUCUCUUCCUGAAACAUAUGUGCGCCUGACUCGGAAUCCACUGAGGGAUGUUGGGGGCAACCCUCCUUCCCGGAGGUCAAUUCUUGCUUUCUUCGCAGGAAACAUGCAUGGUUAUGUACGGCCAAUUCUGCUAAAGCACUGGGGAAACAAAGAUCCUGACAUGAAAAUCUUUGGUAGAAUGGCUGAUGGCAAGGGGAAUAAGAAGUAUAUUCAGCACAUGAAAAGUAGCAAGUAUUGUGUAUGUGCAAAAGGUUAUGAAGUCAACAGCCCACGAGUGGUGGAGGCCAUAUUUUAUGAGUGUGUCCCGGUGAUCAUAUCUGACAAUUUUGUGCCUCCAUUUUUUGAAGUUUUGAACUGGGAAUCCUUUGCUGUUUUUGUCUUGGAGAAGGAUAUUCCAAAUUUGAAGAGAAUACUCCUUUCAAUCCCGGAGAAGAGAUAUCUUGAGCUACAGAUGGGGGUCAAAAGGGUACAACAGCAUUUCCUUUGGCAUGCUAGGCCUGUAAAGUAUGAUAUCUUUCAUAUGAUUCUUCACUCGAUUUGGUCUAACAGACUUCAUCAAAUCAGACCCAGAUAACAUUUUAUGUUAUUGUGUUUCUGGAGAUAAAUGAAGAGAGAAGAAGCCCCUUGACGAGAAGACAGGUGGGGAAAAUCAUUAAACUUGUUACCAGAAUAGUUAGCAAAUUAAAUUCUUUUGAUGCCAAUGAUGAACUCACAGAACAUAUUCUUUUUUUGUGUAUAAUGUUUUCUCCUUUGCGCCCAUGGCCAUGGAUAGUAUUCCAUAAAUCUGUUUAUUAUCUUGUCU